AUGGAGGUACCGGCAGCUCAUCCUGAUGGACCAUCGGGAGCGCCUCUCGAGAUCCCCACCCCUCAGCGGUACAAUGCAGCCAGUGAAGCUGGCGCGCCUCCAGUGGGCAUCGAGCUCAACGAUGCAAAUAGUCCAGCCCACAUCCCAAUUGCAUCCCAGCCUGCCCCCUGCGCUCUACCAGACAGCAAAGGGCGCUCCAGCCGAUUGCUACCGGGGAGACAGCGAAUCCUUGCGAGCGCUGCGCGGCAGUUGGCUGCUAGUGAGUCGCUAGUGGAGGGUCUGGACUUGUGCGCGGUGGACAUCGACACACACUCCUUGCCGCCUCCUGCUUCUCUCCCGAGCCUGCAGGAGCCUCAAGACGACCCGACACCGUCGCCCCGUCAUAGAAAGCAGGCACUAGAGCUUCUGCGGCUCAACGCUCUUCUCCAAGCUGCCGUAGGCGCAGAGGAAGACCUGGUUAUUGUUGGGCUUCAUCAGGUCGGGACGCAGCACAGGCAUGCUUGGGCUGCUUGCAUUGCUGCCGCGUUCGCUGCUGCUGAGGGAGAGGCCGCAACAGCGAUUCGCAUGCAUUUGUUAGGGCCUGAUGGUUCAGUAGCCGGAGCUGGCUCCGGAGCUGCCGCGCGUCGCACCACGUCUCUAACUCAUUACGAACAGAUCGUCCCGCUUGAUGCCUGUCCUCACCACAACCAGCUUCUCUUGGUGUACGUACAUCCCGGCCACUUGUCUAAAGUCACGCUGUUGAGCAUUGCCAAAUCUCGUCUUGGCUCGUACUGCUGUCGUGAGCUGCAGCAAAACUACAAAUUUCAAUGGGGCCUUAACAUAGCUGCUGAGGAAGAGCUGCGCAGGCAGUUGGAGCUCCGUAAGAAACAAGAACAGCAGCACCGUCAGCAGCAGCAGCAGCAGCGAAUGGAUUUGUUCUUUAACUUCAACAAUAUAUUCGGGCUUUCGGAAUACACAGCAGUGGGUGCCACGACGUCGGAAGCUGCUGAUCCUGCUGCUGAGCUCCCAGCAACAGAGGGGACCGCCUCAAUGACCGGAGACGGGGAACAUUCAGAAAGGGCGAUGGAAGGGCGUCUAGAACUGCCGAGUCUCUCCUCGUGGGAGUUGAGGCAGGAGCAGCGCGGGCAGCAACAGAGGAGAGCUGAUGGCAUCUGUCACAGCAGAACCUGUCCAACACGUUCAGGGGACUCUUCUUGCAGGCCUUCAGAAGCGGCUGUUGGAAGCACUACAGGCUCAAUCAGCAGCAGCGGCGACGUCGCAGCAUGCGGAUGCGAGUUCUUUAGGGAGGUCUUUGCUUACGGGGGAAUGGCUGCGCGUGUCCUCAUAGGAGCGACGCCUGUUGUUUUUGCGUGUGUGGACCUGAAGCUAACAGAAGAAGCUUUGGAGCCAUGCGAUAAGCUACCGGCUUGCCCCUCUGGCCCUUCACGAGGGCAAGUGGAGGGUGUAUCAGUGCAGGCAGCUGCGGGAGCAGCAAGGAGAGCGUUGCUGAGGGAAAGCUGCGGAGGUGCAUCUGCUGAGGACAACGAAGGUGCAGCAGCUUGGAGGAAAUUCGUGAUUCGAGCGCUGCAACGCCAGCAGCUGUUGGCAGUCUUAUCUGACCUCCGAUUCGAGACGGACUCAGGUUGGGCCUCUGCUUUGGAGUUGAAGCCACUCCUGCUCUUAGGAGCGCGCCAGCAAUGGUGGCUUCAAACUGGGGGUUCGCCCUGUAGCUUUGAUACAGAAAGCCAAUCAGGACCUCAUCCAGCUGCUGCUGAACGACAACAACGCCUGCGAGAAUUGGAGCAGUUGGGUAUUUCUACUGCGGAAGACGAACGUUUCUUUUUUUGUCGCAUUCCUGAGAAAGCUGGCAGUCAAGUACUGAGCUUUGGAGAGAGCGGCCGGGCUGCAGAGUGGAGGAGACCAGCAUGGCACCGAAGAUGCUCCGAUGAAUUCGAGCACAGAGAGGGAGUCAUUGCCCGCUUCUGUCUAAGAUGGAUGUCUUGCCGUUUGCUUGUAGAGACGGUCGACACAGAGCGUGUUAAGAAAGAGUGUAACGAGCUGCGAAAAAUUUUGAAGCAGGAGGGCCGGUGCCUCAGCAAGUUGCUGGUUGAUCCGCCCCUACUUCAGCUGCCUCCUGUGCGCCCGUUUGAGCCGAUGCAGCUGAAGAUUAGCCUGUCCAACCCUCACGAAACCCUGCCUACGGCUUAUGCCGUCUAUUGCCUCGCGGAUUCAGGGAGGUCGAUCGUGCCACUGUCACAAGUUUCUUACUGGCACGGGGCCCUGUGGAGGAAAUGGGAAGGAAGAACCUGGGAAGGUCAGUCCCUUAUUUCGGCCAGCAGCAGAGAAUCGGAAAUACAGACCACCCCUGAUGCUCAGCCGCUACUGGAUCGCGAGCAGCAGCAGCUCGUGGAGCGCGAGAGGCAGAGGCUUUGCGAGGAGACUCUAAGAGAGACCAGAGGUCAGGGCGCGACCACACCCAAGGCCGCACCUCUAGCUACAGGCAAAACAGAGGCAGCAUCGAUCAAGACAGAUGCCGAUGCGGUGUUGCGGAAGCGCAUUCGUCUCGAAAGGUGGCUUCUUAUGGACUCCCUGCAUGGCUUCUUGAGGGGCGGUGAGACUCGCGUAGUCUCAAUGAUCCUAAAUAUCCAAGAGGGUAUUUACUCUGCGCACGAGCUUGCUUGCGGCGUCUUAGUUUUGCGGCUGGUUGAUUCUCGGCAGGAUUUCUUCUGUUGUCUCGCUUCUUCCCUCAUGCCCGCUUUGCUGGGUGCGGAGCUGCAGCCCCUGGCAAUGUUGGGGAGGAGGAAUCUACUGGGGCCAUCAGAUAAUACUUUUGAAGGGGAACAUACUCAGGGGAAAGAUCAUUCUCCACACUUAGACGCCAUUCCAGAGGCAAAUGCACCUUCCGUGGGAAAUGACGGAGCUGAGGCACCAGUACGAAGCGCGGAGAUAGAGGCUCCAACGGAAUCAACAUCGCUGCUGCCACUGCCCAAGGAACUGUGGUGGCUGCUAAUGCAUUUACAUACCAAGGCUAAAACGGUAUGUGCAACUGCCGUUCCAGGAUCUCCGCAAUGGCGUGACUGCGUUAACAGCCACAGGCGGACAUGCCAAUGGAAGGACCAUCAAAAUGAACAACAGGAAGAGGGCCAUUCUGAAGUCUACCAGCUUUGCUCAGAGGGGAAAAACAGCUGCGCAAGCAUCAAAAACGAGGACAACAACCUGAGCGAUAGCUUCUUCAGUGGCAGCAGCCUCUGCAAGGAACAUGAGAAACAGUUGCUCGACGCCGAAGGGACGGUGUGCACCGAAGGUUGGCUUGCAGCAGAUAUUGCCGAAUUUCUGUGCAGCAGCGGGGGUGAAACCCUGAAAUGGCCUUCUUUUCUCGCGGGAGCGGACACCUACUUGCAACCACAGCGAGGGGUCCCAGUGGCCCAGCGCGCUGACAAUGGUGCGGACAGUCUCACUCGUAGCAACCCUUGUGGCAACACCAGGCGGAGACGGCAAAAGAAGCAAAGGGAUUCAGAAGCGACAAACAGAAAUGCGGCGGACGACACCACGUCCUGUGACGUGUCCCAUGAUGAGCCCACAAAGCGAGAGGUGGUUUUCUUACGGGCAUGCUUAGAACGAGGAAUUGAAAUUCCUCAAGGCGUUUCUAUCUGUGCGGCGCUGGCGCUUCUGGAAGAAUGGGGUGCUACGUGCUGCUUUUUUCCCAGCGAAUUUGCAGUGCAGGAUGUGCAGACGGAUAACUUGCACCUGCUUUGCCGCGCCAUCCUUUUAUCACUGCCGGCAGUCCACCGUAACGCCUUCAUCUCUAUAAUUUCUGCCCUUAAUGAACUACUUCGAGCAGCGGCAUAUUCCGGGAUUUCCCAUGGUGUUGCUCCAAGAAGAGACGCCCCCAUCGACCAGCAACAUUCGUCUGGAGGUUCUUCUUUUACGUCUGGUACAGGCGCUGAAUGGACUGCAAGUCCUUCUGCAGCACAUAAAUCUGCGGAGAAGUUGGCAGGGGGCUGCCCGACAGACAUCAGGACAGCUAAAGCCGCCUGCGUCCAGCUGUGCUCAGGAGAAGUGAUAUGUGGUGGCCGGGGAGUCUCAGCGCAGCGCGUCGCAUGCCUUGAGAGCCAAGACAGCUCUCAGCUUUUCCGUCAAGCCCUCUUGUUGUGGACCGGCAGCUGGCUGAUGAAAAGUUGCAGGCCCGUGUUGCGUCAUGCCGUAUUAGAUCAUUUUAUUGCGCCCAUCUGA